GUGAUCCUGUACACAACUGUAAUAAACCGAUUGGAAGAAAUGGGAUGAAACAUUCAAUCGUAAGUAAGUCAUGCGUCUGUUUUUACACACUCAGUGACUAUUAAAAACCACACGCCAAUAUCGAUACCCAAUGCUGAAAAUCAGUCUUCUAAACACCUAAACCCUGACUUCCAACUCCACUACUUUUGAAAUCUUUCUUCUUAUACCAAUACUCUUGACCAUAUUACAAAAUAACCCAGUCCCUAAGACGUCUUAACUGUAGCUUAUAACCUUGAAACUCCCAACCCUGGUAUUCCUUACCUUAACACUCUCAACCAUAAAUUACUGACCUCAACAGUUUAUUCCACGAGACCGCUAUUAAUCAAUACUUUUGAUCUUGGAAAUAUAGUGAGAAUCAUGAUUUUAUCAACAAUCUAUUCACAGACGUACUAACUUUAUACACUGGUUAGCUUAAUUUUGAUUGAUUGUUGAAAGCCCUUGGUAUAGUGUGAUUUUAGUAACAUAACCAAAGAAGUUUUAUUCCUUUUCCUCUGUUUGUAUUAUUCUGCUCCUUAAUGAUGAAUACUUGUUCAAACGUGUAAGAGGUCAACAUUUAAUAUAAUUUGACCUAAUGACUUGGUACUACGAUAUCCAACGGCAGCGGAAUCUAGACAGCUUAGAUGUAGGAAUAUUUGAUCAUUCAUGCUAGCUCGCCACAUCUAGCUGAACUAUUAAAGGCUAAGAAGUACCUGGACGUUUAGCAUUGCCUUGUUUGCAUUUCAUCAGCCAUACAGGAAUCGAAAUUCAUAUCCUUGUCGUGUAACUUCAUGAUAUAAUUUAAUUUGAUUUUCUGAUAGAAAUUUUCCGGUUAAUACAUCUACCUUGAGACCAGCACUAACAAGAAAUAAUAGAAAAGAUGCAACAAAUUAGUCUUGUUCGUUGUAAGAAGACAAUGUAACACAUCGGCAUUAAUUCAAAUCCUCAUGUUAACAUCGUAAUGGAGCGUCUACGUAGUGUACAAGCAAUGAUCUUAGGUUCAACAUCUCGUAAUUCCCAAAUUUCCACAUCAGCACUUUUCAGCAGCGUAUCAGGCAACUGUAAACAGUUGAAUUUCUCUCAGCAGAAUAAUGAAUCUUUUCGUCAUCAAUCACAUAUCGCCCCUUUAAAUGAGGAGGAUAAUCUCCAGCGUACUAUUGUCAAACAGUUGAAAACAGGAACUCGUCAACUGACGCUUAUGCCAAUUCAUAUUUGAGUAUGUUCGUGUGAGCACUUCAUUUCAUUUGCCUAUGUACACUGUAAUCCAUGCAUCAAAGUGAAUAUUUUUCAGGACAUGUGGUAAAGAGGUGUGCAUACAGUGAACUCCUAAUCCCGAUUGACUGAAAUUAUUUGAACGAAG